GAGUCGGUCGGGCGGUUUGAUAGCUGCAUCUGCCUGCCACCACUCUCUCAUUAGGCACCCUAGCCUGCGAUGUGCUAAGAGCCCUUCCACACCUUGACAUCGACAUCAUGCGGGAAGGCAAUGACCUAGACAGUUUCUUGCAGAACGGCUAUUGGGCAAAUUCGAGGGCGACCCCGGAUCCAAGGCCGUCGAGGUCGUCGAGGCUUCCCUUUUACUCGUACAACGAUUCUUCCGUGCCCCGAUCCUCGCAUUCAACCGAGUAUCCUACUGACCUUCGGCGGCCCUCGUUUCACCCGCCAGCCCCGACUGUUGAGGACGAGGUCGAAUCCAUCGCGAAGGAACAUGGCUCUGUUGUUUCAGCCCAUCCCGAAGAGGAACCAAAGCAUCGUGGGGAACCCGACCAAGAUUCCCUGAUUGACGUUGUACAUGAGUACAACCCAGAGCGACGAUUUGUUUUCGUCCCAAACUCGUCGUCUGCUACGGACGAUGCACGCGAUGAGCUCAAGAAGUCUGCCAAAAGCAAGCGAACAGAUGGAUGGGCCGCAAACACCUCCCCGACCAAAGACAGUGAGAGAUACGAGGCAAAUACCUGUCGAAAAUUCACUCUGGUUGCACCAGACGGAGAGGAAGACAAAAACAAACCCAAACUCGAGCAAGAUGAACGUGGCCAGCGCCGGCAGAGGCGCAAGAGCAGACUGGAAGAGCUGCCCUCGAUUGUGACUGAAUUUGAUCGCGAGGGACGUGGGCAUGACCGCCGAGACGACAUCCGGAGGUCUCGAUCUGCUGCUGGUGUAGAACCUGGGCCAGACGAUUACUUUUCACCACGUCGCAGCUCGCAACGACUUCAAGAGAAUACAAUGUUAAGCCCAGACGUCAUCAAACACUCUACGAAGGGACGUGAUCGGAUGUACUAUGACUACAGCGGAGCAACAACCCCAAACCAGGGACGGGUUAGGACAAGUCAGACCGAAGACCCGCACAACAAGCGAUCUCAACGACGGCCCGAUGAGGGUAUGUCGCGCUCUUAUUCGACGGGUCCAGAUCCUCGACAAGAUCCUGAGCCGCCGCGAAAUGUUAGAAGGACAUCUAAAGAAGGCUCAAUGGCAUACAACAAAGAUUACUCCAGAUAUGAGAAACCUCGCUCGUAUCCUGAGCGUCCAUCUAAAACAAGUCGGACUGGCUCAUCUUCUGCUACAUCACGUCCAGAUCGUGAGUCUUUAAGACCUCGGUCAUCAAGUUUUAGGAGUAAACGAGGAUCGUCUCCCUACGAGGAUUCUCGCUAUUCAAGCGAGGAAGAAUAUGAGCGACGGCCUGAACAUCGACGUGGCAAGUCUUUUGUUCGUGAAGAACGGAAUGGCCAUCUCUCGACGCCCGUGGAGACAAGUCGGGAUGGCAGGAGAUCAAAGCCCAGCACGCCUCUUACAUCUCCACGUGUGUCGCAGAGAGAGCUACUCCCCGAGUCUUACGAAAAUAAUUUGUCACGGAGCCCUCGAAGUGCGACUUUCCCAAUUAUCCGAGACAACCAGAAAGUCUACACAAAAUACCCCGGGGAAGAGGAUCCACUUUCGAGGCCACUUUCACGCGCUUCUACAGCACGAUCUGUACUUAACUCAGCUGCACCCAUUGCCAUCCCUGUCAUUACUGCCGCUGCCGCUGUAGCCGUACAGAAUUCUGUGAGUCCAAGUGACCGGCGGUCAUCUGGAAUACCAGUGUCAGAAAAACCGCGUGUGCCCACUGACACGGGCCCGGACUCGAGGUCCUCGUCAUCAUCGACACCGUCAUCAUCAAAUUCUUCGAAGCGCAGUUCUUGGCAGCCACACAAAUUUGACCCUAUCAAAGACGGUGUACAGCGAGACAGGUGGUUUCCUUCAUACAGAAGAUAUUCCGAAGGCUGGAAGGAGGAUCUUCCGGAUCUUCCUGAUUGUUCUAGGACGAGAGAGGAGGCCGGACACAUGGACUGGCUUACGUUGCCCAGGUGCAACAAUUUUAAUAUUUGCCCUGCCUGUUAUCAGUCAGCUUUCGGGGACACAGAAUGGCGGAACGCCUUCGUACCAGCGCCAUUCCGACCACGUGAUCGGCCACUCAAGUGCGACCUGGGUGGAACCAUGUGGUAUCGGAUCGCUUGGCUACUGACGCAUAAGUAUCGUCACCCAGAUUUGCGUUUGUUCCAAGGCCUCAAUAAUGUCACGGCAUCUCACCGGCCAUGCUCGGGAACACAACCAGCUGUUCACGUUUGGUACACAAUCAAGGACCCUGCGACGCAGCAUCCUGUUCGUGGCUUCAAUACAUGUCAGUAUUGUGCCAAGAGCAUUGAGACGUUGCUGCCCAACCUCUCUGGAGUCUUUGUUCCUAUGGACUCACCAGCAGAAGCCAGGAAUGGCAUCUGCUCUAUGCGUCAAUACGUCUCCUCGAGCGACCCGCGGAAACGAUUUGUGGACUACUUCGACCUGAUGGAAACAGCAUCGGACCGAGCUUUGGAGGCCAGCAGCGCGCCAGACAUGCACGCACUCGCCGAUAAAGUUCGCGAGCUGUCCCUUAUCGACGAGUGCUACGGCAGCCUGCCCAUAAGAGAACGCAAGUGGUACAGCAUGCGCUCAGUUCCUGCUUUCACCGCAUGUGAGGAGUGUUUUAACGAAGUCAUGAGCUCACAGAUUGAGCGUGACUUUGGUGGUAUCCAGGCGGAAUUUUAUAGAACUGAGAAGCUUGACCUCGCAGCCUGUCAGCUGUAUUCGAGUCGUAUGCGUAGGUACUUCAAACAUGCUGUCGUUAAUGAUGACCUGGAAUACUUCCGAAACAAGGUCGAGCGGCGGGCGGGAAAGGAAGCCGAGUUUUACGCUAGGAUUAGGGACUUGGAUGCCAACGUACUGGGCCGGGAGUGGGUUGAUGCGGAAAUAGAAAGGGCCACUGGAGAAUGGAGGAGGCACGAAUAGAGCAGAGAACAGAAAGUAGCGAGAAUGAUAACUUACGAAGAAAAAGGCUGAAUAUGAAUGGAUAUUACUCGAUGAUGAUAGUUAAAUAUCGAAGAUACCCAGCAGACUGGAGUGCUUAAUAGCACAAGUGACCAGAUAAAAUUCAAAUCAUUUUACC